AAGUUAGCUUAACUCAAUGUAAAAACACGAUUACAUUUUAGUUUGUGUUUAUGAAUAUGCGAUUUGUUACACCUUAAGCUGUAUAUUAAAUUUUUAGCUAUCUUGUUUAAAAAUCGUGCUAUUUUCUAAAUACGUGAUUGAAAUAAGUUUAUGACGAUCGUAAUAAUUCAUGUAUCUGAAAGUGAAGUGUAAAUCCUCCGGGGAUUGUGGAAUAAUGAAAAGCAGUGCAUUUAUCGCUUUGUAGCGAUGUGUGAGUUCAGUAAUUUGAAUUGAUAGUGAUUUAAUUUAAUUCAUGGUGUUUCAGAAAAUAUUAGUGUCAUUUGCAAAGCAUAGUUCGAAUCAUAGGGUCCAUAAAGGAGCAGACGGAUUCUAUCAUGGUCGUAAAACGUGCUGCGGACAGUGCGGACUCACCUAUUCUGGAGGAGGCCGGUGAGAGCGGCUCCGAACAGAAGCCCAAGCCGCUUGUCAAAUAUGGCGAACUUGUUAUACUCGGGUAUAAUGGUUACUUGCCUGCGGGCGAGCGCGGCCGGCGACGCAGCAAGUUUGUGCUGUAUCGGCGGCCGGCAGCCAAUGGUGUGCGUCGCUCCAAGCAUUACGUGGUGAAGACGCCGCACAGCAGCAAGGCCAUCCUCGACGCCAGCCAGCACUCCAUCUCGUACACGCUCAGCCGAAGUCAGGCGGUCAUUGUCGAAUACACAGAAGACCCCGACACUGAUAUGUUUCAGAUUGGCAGAUCAUCGGAGUCCCCGAUCGAUUUCGUGGUGAUGGACACAGUGGCGGGCGACAAGAGCGGCGACACCAAGGUGCUGCAGAGCACCAUCUCUCGCUUCGCCUGUCGUAUCCUCGCCGACCGCAACGAUGUCAACAACUGCCGCAUCUACGCGGCAGGCUUCGAUUCUUCCAGGAAUAUAUUUCUUGGCGAAAAAGCGACAAAAUGGACGGAGAAUCACGAGAUAGAUGGACUGACGACGAACGGCGUGCUGAUAAUGCACCCGCGCGGUGACUUCUGCGGCGGCAGCGCCACCUGCGGCCCCUGGCGUGAGACCUCCGUCGGUGGAGCCGUCUUCUCGCUCAGAGAGAGCCGCUCAGCACAACAAAAGGGUGUGCCAUGUCAAGCAGAGACAAAUGUACUGAGAGAUGGAACGAUGAUAGACCUGUGCGGCGCCACGCUGCUGUGGAGGAGUGCAGAAGGACUUAAAAAUUCACCUACGAAGCGCACGUUGGAGGCACUGGUGGACGAGCUGAACGCGGGACGGCCGCAGUGUCCUGUCGGCCUCAACACCCUCGUCAUCCCCCGCAAGUUGUCCGCCGCACACCAGGACCUCAACCAGCCCUACGUCUACCUGCACUGCGGCCACGUGCAAGGCGAGCACUCGUGGGGUGCGGAGGGCAGCGAGGCGGGGGUGAGGCGAUGCCCGAUGUGCCUGACGGCGGGCCCGGUGGUGCGAGUCUGUAUGGGCAUCGAGCCCGCAUUCUACGUAGACUCAGGCCCGCCCACUUACGCAUUCAACCCUUGCGGACACAUGGCCUCCGAGAGAACCGUCAAAUACUGGGCGAGUGUGGACAUCCCGCAUGGGACGAAUGGUUUCCACGCGAUCUGUCCGUUCUGUGCCGCGCCGCUGCAGGGCUCGCCCGGGUAUGUGCGCCUCAUCUUCCAGGACAACCUCGACUGAAUCUCAUCUCACAACACACACACAUCCGCGUAUAGAAUUAUACGUAGGAAAGUG